AUGGUGUUGGCUAAGUCCAAGAACUCCGUGGGGCUGGGUAACAGCCUCAUGAAUGAUCGGUUUGGCAAAGGAAAAGCAUCCAAGGCGAAAAAGGCCUCGCACAACAACGCCAUCGCACGCCAGGGUAUCAAUGGCGAAACUUAUAUCACCAACGAAGCCAAGGAGGCAUCCUGGGUGAAGAUGCGGUCAAUCACCGAGCAAGCCGCUCUCGACGAGUUCCUGAGUACUGCUGAACUGGCCGGCACAGACUUUACCGCAGAGAAAAUCAAUAACGUCAAGAUUAUCCACUCCGAUCAGAAGAACCCCUACCUCCUCUCUGCAUCCGAGGAGAAGAACGCCCACAAGAAGCACCAGAAGAACCGGGGCCGCUUGACCGUCCCUAGACGACCGAAAUGGGAUUCUACUACGACGCCACAACAGCUGGAGAUGAUGGAACGUCAGAGUCUGCUAGACUGGCGUUGGGGGCUUGCGGAACUCCAGGAAAACAACGAUCUGCUGAUGACCCCCUUUGAGCGUAACUUGGAAGUUUGGCGCCAGCUGUGGCGUGUCAUCGAGCGCUCUGAUUUGGUUGUGCAGAUUGUCGAUGCACGAAAUCCUCUUCAAUUCCGUUCAGAAGAUUUGGAAAACUACGUCAAGGAGAUUGAUCCCAAGAAGAAGAACUUACUAUUGGUCAACAAGGCCGAUAUGUUGACUCUCAAACAGCGAGAGGCUUGGGCUGAUUAUUUCGAGACGCACAACAUCAAUUUCCGUUUCUUCUCGGCUCAUCUUGCUAAGGAAAAGCUCGAGGCUGAGCUCCUGAGGGAGUCCACUUCUGAUAGUGAAGAUGAACAGCUGGCUGAAGCGGCCGAAAAGUUGGAUGUCAGCGCUGACGAAGAACACAGCGCCGACGUGAAGGAGACAUCUGAUGUAAAUGAAGCUGAGGGUGAUGUCGAUGCUAUUGCAAAAUACGCAGACCCAGAAGCAUCAAUCGGUCCACACAUUUUGGAUGUGGAUGAGCUAGAAGAAUUAUUCUUGGCGAACUCACCAGAGACGCUUCCUCAAGAAGAUGGCUCCGAACGCAAGCAAAAGCAAAAGACUACCAUUGGUCUCGUUGGAUACCCCAACGUCGGUAAAUCUAGCACGAUCAACGCUCUCCUCGGUGCCAAGAAAGUGUCUGUCUCUGCCACCCCCGGUAAGACAAAGCACUUCCAGACACUUUAUCUGUCUCCAGAAAUUAUGCUUUGCGAUUGUCCUGGUUUGGUGUUCCCCAAUUUCGCUACAACCAAGGCUGACUUGGUCGUCAACGGUGUUCUGCCGAUCGACCAACAGCGUGAGUUCACAGGGCCCGCUGGCCUGGUCGCCCAACGUAUCCCUAAGCAUUUCUUGGAGAACGUGUACGGUGUGAAAAUCAACACCCGCCCCAUCGAAGAGGGCGGUACUGGCAUACCGACUGCCAGUGAGGUCCUACGUGCCUAUGCGCGAGCUCGCGGGUUUUCUACCCAAGGUCUAGGACAGCCCGACGAGUCCCGCGCGGCCCGAUAUGUCCUCAAAGACUAUGUGAACGGAAAGCUUCUCUUCUGUCAUCCUCCUCCUACAGCUGAGGGCGAGCCAGCUAUCGAUCCACACCAGUUCAACGAGGAUCUCUAUGAUCUCGCCCAUUUGCCCGCCAGACGUCAAGCAGCGCUUGCGAAGACCAUUGUAGACGUCGAUGACCUUGACUCCGACAUCGCCUCCUUCGUCUCAUCCUCCAAGGAUCUACAGCCUGAAGCUCCCGGCCAACGGUCCCGCAACAUUGACAGCGGCUUCUUCGGAACUGCAACUGGGCCCUCAGCUGGCCGUAUGACUCUACCUUUCCAGAGUCAAUACACGUCGCAAGGUCAACAGAUUCGGAAGAACCCCACAGGCCGCAAAGAGCGUAUGAUGAUUGCCAUCGAGCGAGGCAUUGAUGUUUCCGACGUUAGGGGCGGCAGUUCCAAGAAGCACUUCAAAGGCAACAAGAAACAAGCUAAGAAGAAGCGUAACAACGGCGAUGCCGAUGACGACUACUAA